AAACGAAUUAUAAAAAUUAAUUAAAUUAAAAAAUAACAAAAAAUAAACCUAAAAAAAAACUUUUAAAUUGAAAAAAUGGAUUUCCAAACACCUGAAACUUAAGUUGCAUUCUCUGUUCGUUGUCCAACUUAUUUUGGUUAAGCUGUCUAUAUUUCAGGAAACUGCGAUUAAUUGGGAAACUGGAACACUGAAAAAGCUACUCGUAUGAAUUGGUCUGAAGGUAAUUUAUGGUGGUGUGAUAUCUCGUUACCUACUGAUGUAGAAGUAGAAUACAAAUACUACGUAGCAGAUUAUGAAGAUAUGACUAAUGAAGUAUGUUGGGAGCAGAUUUCUAAUAGAGUUUUUAGAUCUUAAGAGUGUUAAACUAAAGAAAUUUAAGAUGUGUUCAAUCAUAACUUUGCUUAAGGUUUACCUGAAACCCAAAAUCAGGUUGAAACGGAAAGAUGCGAAUAAACUCCAUACUAAGAACCAGCUCAAUAAAUGUCUCAUCAGUAAUUAAGAUAAGAUGUGUUGGAUCAGAACUUUGCUUAAAAUCAACCAUAAAGCCAAAAUUGCGUUGAAACAGAAAGAUGUGAAUAAACUCCAUGCCUAGUACCAGCUCAAGAAACACCUAACCAGUAAUUAAGCUGUAAAUAAUAAUCUUCAGAAAGGUUAGAAGAUUAGGUGAAUGGCUAAGAAAGAUCAUCAAUAAUGUCUAGCUCUACUUGUAAUAGUGAGAAAAACCUUUCUUCUCCUGAAAAGAGUGAAUUACCUUAAAGAGUACAACAUACUGUUUAACCCACUUAAAAUUUAUGCAAUCCUGGUCCUAGCGUAUAAGCUAGUUAAUCUUCUUAGAAAAUGAGCACAUAAAAUUGCAAAAUGAGUCAAAAGAAUACCACUUAAUAAUAAGUUAGCUAAGUUAGAUCUUAUAAUAAAUGA